AUGGGCAACAUGAUCCUAUUCACUAGCUCGGUUUUAGUUUGGGCUGGAUAUGCUGCCGCUCAAGCCUCCAGUGGGACGUUCAGUGUACUUUCAUAUAACGUUGCGGGACUGCCUGAGCUCUUAUCCUCUGGAAAUCCGGCAACAAACACCCCACUUCUGGCUCCUAAACUAGCUCCCUAUGGGAUAGUCAAUGUACAAGAGGACUUUAACUACCAUGCCGCCCUCUAUGCGGGUGAUAAGCACGCCUAUCGGACAGCUACUUCUGGUGGUGUUCCGUUUGGCUCAGGAUUGAAUACUUUAUCCAACUAUCCUUUCAUCGACCUUCAGAGAGUAACAUGGUCCAAAUGCGCGGUCGGGAGUGGUGACUGCUUGACACCAAAGGGAUUUACCCUUCUGCGAGCCAGGGUUGACACUGGCGUUAUGUCGACAUUUACAAUCUCCACACAGAUGCUGGAUCCGAGUCAGCUGACAUCACUGCUCGAAAUGCAAACAUUGCUCAACUCUUCUGGUGCCCCCGCAGAAGGUUCAUCUGCACUUGUCUGUCCUGAUAACGGAGCAGCACUCUCACUUACCGCCACCCGCUUUAACAAUGAAAAUUCUGCAUUCUUGAACUCGACCGGAUAUCCUCUUUCGGACCAUUAUCCCAUUACAACUACAUUCACCUACUCGCUUUCCACAUCGAGGCGGUUGACAGAUCUUGCGGGAGGAUCGGGGGGAACUUGGUUCUCCGACCUCCCAUCUCUGCCAAGUGGCACACCAACCUUGACCUCUAUUACCCUAUCUGGAGCAAACAGGUUUGAUUACAUCUCCCUCACUCUUUCUACGGGGACUACUUUCAAACACGGGGGCACCGGCGGAACACCCGUGACUCUUACUCUCAGUUCUGGCGAAAGGAUCACGAGCUUGCGAGUUGACACUGGUAGUUACAACAGUGAUACAAGAGUAUUCUAUGUUGGCAUUGGGACGAGCAGCGGGAGGACAUUGGGAGCUGGUACCCAAACAAGCUCGACCGUCACGUGGACUGCACCAAGUGGGUUGGGAUUGAAAGGAAUUUACGGGAAGUCCGGCGAUGGAGUUGAUUUGUUGGGAGGAAUCUGGGCCUAG